ACUUAACAUGGCGGCACUUCCGGUUAGACCGCUAGGCAGUCGACUAACCGGGGUAUUGAAACGCAGCCUGAACCUGUUGUAUCUGGUAAUGAUCAUGACUGAUGUGUGUUCCCCCGUUUCUCCGUAUGUUUAUCCUGUGCGUGACCUUCCAUACUGCGCUUUGGUUCAGCUAUAACAGCACGUGUAAGCAGAUCUCCUCAACUGGUGGCUCGGUACCAUACGUCCAAAAGAAAAACAACAGAACAUUGCACUAUGGAGUACGAUGUAAAACAUUGGUGUCGCCAUCACAAUUAUGUGGCGUUGUGAAAGAGGAACCAUUCUGACUAAUUUGUCUGCAACAAUGAGGAAAUACCCUCUUGAUCGUGCAAUUCUUCGGGAGCUCAGCUGCAUCGCAGAUGGCUUUGACGUCGUCUUACCCGAGGAAUUGCCGCUUGUGUCGUCUUCAGGAUACCACGCUGCGGCACAUUGCUUCCUUUGGUCUCCUAGUGAUCGCGUGGUCGAGCUAAGCCGAACUAAAUACAGCAUUAAAGCAGUAGUUCUGAUGCACUUACGUUUCGAUGGGCUGCUUGGGUUCUUCGGAGGAAUAGUAGAAGAAGGCGAGCCACCUUCUGUUGCAGUGACACGCGAGAUGAGAGAAGAAGGCAACUUGGAUACGAAUAAGUUCACAGUAAAUGAAGCUGAUCACCUUGUGAGUCUUGUGAGCCACGACAGUAAACUUCUUACACACUUUUAUGCCUUGGAAGUAUCAUCGGAUGAAAUGGAUCACAUAGAGAAAAACGCUUCUGCAAGCGAGCAUUAUGGGACGGAGACUUUCGGUCUUGUACGUGUCCCUCUGUUCACCAUGUCCGAUGGAGUGAAAGGAUUUCCUACGUUCCUGUCACAGCACUUUUCUGGGUCGGCAAAGUCUCAGUUGACUUACGCACUCGCACGGCUUGGUAUCCUGGGCGUGGAGUACAUCAAGAGAUCAUUAGAAAUAAGCAAACAGUACAAAUGACUGCAUAGUGCAUGACGACGGUGAUUCGUUACCCGAUAAGAAAUAUUGAGAUUUGGAUUCUUGAACUGUCGCGACUUGUGAUUUCUUCUCAAAGGCUCAUUGGUCAGAAGGUCAGAAUUGGGCAGAAGUACAAAUACUUCGACUAUAUUGUGGCCCAUCCCAGGGGCCCGUAAUUUUUCUCGCCGGCCCUGCGGGCACAGGCAGGUACCUAAAAAAGCAGCUUUCAGGCCAUGCGCCUGGAACCAAGCUCUAUAUUCAGUGAGCAGUAGCAACCUCACUUUAGAAGAAAUAUUGCAUAAUGUGAUGGUAUUUACGUUUCUUAUUUAUGUUAUGCUCUUUCCUUGAACAUCUUGGAGUUGCAUUUGUUCUGUUUUCCUACUUUUCUACGUGUUAUGAGCCUGUCCCGACUUUACCGGGAAUCACAUCUCAAUAAUUUUCAGUCAAUCAACCUUUCUUAUUUCUAAAAACGAACGAAAAGUCGCAGGACGGUUACGGUUGUGUAACGCGAAUUUCAGCGACAGCACUGUCGUCAUUGGGCGGUUAUUUUAACCGUCCAAUUCUAGUCGAAGCAGUGCAUUGCAAGUCAGUGGCAGCGCUGUGAGAUGCAAGUUGCUGUUUGAGGCAAGGACAAGGAUGUUGAGAACGAAAACUCAAUAUUCGGACUAAAUAUUCGGACAUCGUAGAUAAAACAUGAGGUACUUGUGGACAAGUACAGAAAAGUCUAAGUCUAAUAAAAGAAAAGGAGCAAUUUUA